UUGUCUUACCUCAUUCUCUCCAUUUCUUCUUUUCCUUCCCCUCGUUCCACUGUCUUUUCCAGGGUUGUACUUCCUUCAUCGGUGGCCAGUUCUAGCAAAAAUCUUGGCUGCGGCUACAUCUUCUCAGGUUAUGGUUCGCAUAGUAGCUCUUCUCGUUUAGCCUAUCUCAAUACAGCAGCCGCCAUCGGCCAGAAUCCAGCCGAAGUGGAAAUCUUCCUCGGUCGGUUAGGUCGUGUCCUAGCCCAUCACCACUGCCCUUCAAAUGACUUGUUGUCUACGCCUUUGCAGAUGACGACAUUAGAAAUAGAAGUGCAGGCGAUAGAGACAAAAAAUGCAUCUGGAAAAAGAAAUAUUAAAAGUAGUGCUGAAGAACAGAGCACAUCUGAGAUUCCAGUCGAAUCAAAAGGGCUGUAA